AUCAACGAGAGUAUCACAGGUAUAAAGUAAAACGAACUUGUUUGAACUAUGUAAUGUGUUCAUGUGUAUAUUCAGUUACGUUUUAUACGUUUUACCAGUUUAAAGAUAAUCUAACAACAUUGUACUAUUUGUUAGUCUGCCUGUUGAGAACUAAGUGAAUGUAAAUUCAGUAUUGAUCAGUAAUAAAAUAUUGUAACCUGAGCAUAAUACAAUAGAAGCUAAGUUGUAAAUUGCAAAAUUCUACAGUAUGAUCAAAACACCUGUGUCUGUUUUGCAAGAAAUGAUGGUGAAGAAUCAGUCAGUGCCUAAUUAUGAACUUAUACAUGAUGGAGGUGGUACGCAUAUGAAUACCUUUACCUAUCAAGUUACAUGCGAUGGACUCAUAGCAGUUGGCACUGGACGUUCUAAAAAAGAUGCAAAACAUGAAGCUGCAAAAGCAAUGAUAGAAGCUAUAACAGCACAAAGAGGUUAUCCUCAACUUCCAGCGUCACCUUCACAAUCACCCCUGAGAACACCUUUGCCUCCAGUAAUUCCAGAAACUGAAAGGCUGCCACCCAAUGUGCCAUUCGUAAAUGCUGUGGGUGCUUUAAAAGAAGUGUGUGAUGAAAACAACUUACAAGAGCCUGAAUAUGUACAAAUUAGUGAUGUUGGACCACCUCAUGCAAAGAUUUUUACUUUUGAGUGUUUAGUAGCAAAUUUUAAAGAAACUGGUAUAGCAAGAACAAAGAAACAAGCUAAACAAGAGGCUGCUAAGAAAAUGUUACAUAAAAUAAUAGACUUAAUAGAUGAUGUUAAAGAUACAGACUUUUAUCAAAUGGAUUCAAAGGACAAUGAGGAUGAAGAUGAUUCUUCUGCUAUGGCAAAAUCUCUUUAUCCAACAUUAUCAAGGUUACCUUCAACAAAAAAAGUUAAUCUAGGUUUAAAGUUAUCUGAAUAUCAUAUUCAGCUGAAAAAGACUUUUAAUGUAAAUGUAUGUAAUGAUCUCAUUGAAAAAUUAAAGUCUCUUAUUCCACAUGAUCAUAGUAAUGUUUCAAAAGAAUUUGUAGAACAGUUGGAAUUAAGUUUAAAAAACGUUUUAUCAACUGUGGAGAUAGAAGUUACACUUAUGGAUUUAGAUUGUACAAAGACCAAUUCGUAUUGUAAACUUAUAAAAUUUAAUACUUCUCCUGAGACGGUACAAAUUGCAACAGGACAGACAGAAGAACAAGCUACAUUUAGUGUGUUACUAAACUCAAUUAACUUCUUGAUAUGUUUGCUACAAUAAAACUGGAAUUAUCAAGUAUACAAUAUACUGAAAAUGAGUUGGUAUUAGAAAAUGCUUUAUAAUGAGAGUACAGUGUAUAGUUUCGUAAAGUAUUUUUAGUAAAAUGUAUACAUAUUACAAUAAGCAUUAUGUAAAAAAAUUCAUUUAUUAUGCAAAAAUUUUUCUAGUAACACUGAAAUUUAUUUUUUGUUACACAUUUUUCAUAAAAUACUAUAUUUUCAGUUAAAUUCAAUUUAAAAACUCCUAAGUUUGAGAAAGCUUUACACUAGGGUAUUACUAAUUAUAAUUGUUGCUUACUGUUUUUACUUGGCAAAAGUAAACGAUAUUUGUAAUGUGGUCUCUUUUACAUUUAUCAUCUAUGUAAUACUUAUUAGCAAAUAAUUAUAAGGAUUAAUAAUGUAUAGUCAUAUAAUUUAAUUAAUUUCAAAUAUAUGUAAAAAAUAUUCUAUUUGAAAUAUUUUUUACAUGGGAGAAAGUAAAUCUGUAAUUGUAAGGAAGGGCUUAUAUUUUCUUAAAUCUUAAUAUAAAUUAUUUUUCUUUUACAGAAUUUGGAAUAAGUCAUGAUCCAAAUUGGAAAUAUGUUAAAUAAUAAUAUUAUUAAUAUCUUACGCUUAUUCCCUAAUUUUGGAAAAUUGUUAUUUUUUCUUUAAACGUGUUUACUGUAAGUUACACUUGAUUUCAUUUAUGUUGAUUUUAUUUUCUAAUAAUGUUACUUUAAUACGAAAUAAUUAUAUAGAAUUUUCUAAUUUUUUUUAUUAUUUUAUAAAAUGUUAUCCACAUAAUGAGUAAUAUACAAAUUUAUGUUCAUUGUUUCUUGAAUUUAGUUAUCGAUAGUCUGAAUAUAAAAAAAAUGAAAACUUUUUCUUGAAAAUGUACAGUCAGUCACAAAAAUCUAUAUGUAACACAUACUGUGGGGUGUGACGCGUAUGGUCGGAUACCGCAGGUAUAUUCGGACCGUUACCGACCGGGAUCGGACCGGGAUUAGUAUUUGUUGGGUUUAAUAAAUAAUGAUACUUCUUUAUUUAUUAAAUAGAAUACAAAUCUUAUUACAACAGGACUAUUGAUACGAAGGACAAAAUGAAAAAAAAACAAACCAACCAACUAAUAACAAAAUCGUUACCCAGAACAACAAAACAUACGUCGAUAUGUAUGUAUAUAUUAUAUAUAUGUGCUAUACUUUUCUAACAGUAUUUAAGACGAAUGUAAGGCCUUUUUUAGAGGAGUGUAGUUUCGUAGUUGAGAGAAGAGGAGCAGGGCAGAGUGGACUAGCGAGGGGGAGGGUAGUUUGAGAAUGUAGAGUAGUAGAUCAGAGUAGACCAGCGUGGAACAGCAUAGUAUUGCGUAGAAUAGAGUAAGAUACAUAGUUUAUUUUAAUUCUAGUCACUUAUAGUCCACUUCAAUAAAGAUACAAAUAUAUUUGUGCUAGUUCUCGCCAAAAUCUCCGGCAUCCCACAAUCUUUUUGGCGGCUCGUCCGGGAUUGAGCGAGCUGUGAGAUCAAGGCGUGUAUUUGUAAUAAUGGAUUAUGUGGAUUGUAAGGACUAGACAAGCGUGGUAUAUAAAAAAAAGAGUCAGUGAAGUAUAAACCAAGAAGUGUUAACGGUGAAGAUUUUGUUAUUAGGUGUCAUGAAUACUUUUUUUAUGAAGUUCCGCAAUACAGUUAACGAAAAUUGUGCGAAAGAUAAGUAUAUGUGAAAUUUUUUGAAUUAAAAGUUUUAAGUUUUUCUCCUCCGGAUAUAUUAUUAUUAUAUAAUUGUAAUAAUAAUAAUUAAUUUAUUACAUUAUUAUAAUAAUAUUACACAAGGGAUAGAAUUAUUAGGGACACAUUAGGUCAUUACAAACUUGUUUUUAUCGUUAUUUAUAUUUCUACUCACAAGAUGAAAAUAGCCUUCAAUAGUCAGGAUGGGAAAUAUAUUUUAUGUAAUACAGAGAGAAGUUAAGAGAUUGUAUAACUUCUUUUCACGAAAGUACAGUAGUAAAAAUUAAUGAAAGUAGAAAAAAUAUAAAUAAAAAUUCUUCCUUUUUUUGUACUACUUGAAGUGAGUAAACAAAAUGAUUAAAUUAUAAAUCAAAAGCUUGUUCAUAUAUUCAGUUAGUAAAUUUUAUCGCACCUUUGCGAUUUAUAAGUAUGUAUACAGGGUAAUGAUAAGAAGUGUAACCCUAUAACGGAAUCAACAGAGUAUAAAAGGUUAUCAAAUUUGAGUAAAAAAUACUAAUUAGUUUUAAAAGUCUUAAAUAAAUUAAACUUUUGUCAACAUACGUGCGUAGUUUCUUUUGAUAAAUCGGAUAUAUAAAAUUGGAUAAGUUACGUAUAGAUUCUUAUGAGUCUAAUGCUUCUGUGUAACAAUGUGUGAUUGGUUCGGCUGUUUUGCAGAUCAAGAAAACACUGUAAGCAGAAUUUAUCAUCCUCUAAUUGUUCAGUAAAUCGUUUACUGCAUAAAUCCAGUUUGAAAUUCAUGUAAGGCUAUAGUGGAUGAUUUUGCGAUUUUAAAGUUAUAGGAAUGAUAUUAUCUAUAAUUUCGUGUUGUUUCUCUCAAUGAAUUUUCAGAAACCAAACCGCAUUUGUAAUUUUUCUCUAUUGUAGGGGAUGGUUGUUUGUUUAUAUUAAUAGGCGUUUAAUUUGUUAUAUUAUUUAUAGAACACAGAACAAGUUGUCUAAUUCUGUCAGCUUGAGUUACUUGUAAAAUGAUUGUUAUUUGAAAGAAUGUUUUAAAUAAAUAUUCUAUAGCAUCGAAGGGGCGUAAAUGUAAUUAAUUUUUUGUUAUAUUGCUUUCUUAUUGGAAUAUGAAUUAACA